GAAAAGCGGGAGAGUUGACAGUCGAUACAAUUCUUGGAAACGCCGUGCCUUGUGGUUUCAUUUUUUUAUUUGAUUCGCCGAAAACUUGAAGCAGAUUAUCACAGAUUAUAUUGGAGGUUUUUAAAAAUCUCGGUUAUACAGACCUAGCCUACUAAAUGCUCAUUGUGUAAUGUGUUGAUUGUGUAAGGCGUCUGUGAAUUAACAUUGCCUGUAUAUCCAGCUAUAAGAUGAUUUCUGUGGGACUAGACAGUUAGAGGAUAUUUGUUCCCUUAUUAUUCUGUUGUGUUGGUCAUUGGGUGACCACCAGAGGCUGAUACCUUGAGCCCCUUUUAUAUUUUCAUGGAUUACAAUUGAUGACGUCAGGAAUGUUGUUUGUCAUUAACUUUUGGAAGGGGCGCAGGAAGGACAAGGACUCGCCCACUCCCCCAAAUGCCGAGGAACAGAAGGAAUACCUGGAGGACCCCAACAUCAAGGACAGGAUAUCAGACGCCGACUUCUUCAAACUCGUGGCCCUGCCGCCUAUGUUAGACCUUAACGAGUGGCUAGCCACACACACCAUCUCUUUCUUCAACCAUGUCAACCUAAUCUAUGGGGUGGUGUCUGAGUACUGUACAGCUGACUCCUGUCCCAUCAUGACAGCACCUGACAAUGUGCAAUACUUCUGGUACGAUGACAAAGGAAAGAAAAGCAAGCACACAGCAUCCCAGUACAUUGACUACGUGAUGACACACAUACAGAAAGUUGUCAAUGACGAGUCUGUCUUCCCUACAAAGUUUGGCCAUGCAUUUCCCCCCGACCUGGAGGCUGUAGUCAAGCGCAUCCACAAGUACCUGUUCCACGUCCUGGCCCACAUCUACCACGCCCACUACAAACUCCUGCGCCAGCUGGGCCUCCACGCACACCUCAACACCCUCUUCACCCACUUCAUGGUCUUCACCUCCAAGUUUGACCUGGUCCAAGACAAAGAGUCAGACAUCCUCCUACACCUCUUCUCCCUCCUCCUCAAAAACCUCGCCGACCCGGCCCAGAAUCCGAAACUGCGGGAGGGCCUGGGAAUAGGAGAAGGGGUGAUUGGACCCCCGUAUGACUCUAAAACCACAGACAGCAGUUGCGAGAAGGAUUCCAGUACCAGCUCCCAGCGUGUCAGCAACGGUGGCAGUAAUCUCAUUCACUCCCUCUGUGAUACAAACUCUCAGGACUCCCCCAUGGAGCACAACGGGCUGAAGAAAAGCUCCAGCCCCCCGCUCUCCCCCUCCCACCUGUCCCCGCACAAGGGGAGGGGCGAGGCCAUGGACACGACCAAACCCCCCUCGGAGUGGUUGUCUAAUUUACAGGUCUCGGCCACCUGAUGGCCAUUGUCUCCAAAUGGCCAGAGUCUCCUGGUGGCCAUCAUCACGUGAUGGCCAGCGUCUCAGGACAGUUGACUUCUCUGAUCUUUCACUCGUUUAGUUAACCAUUUCAUGUCGGCCAUUCCCGCUGACCAGAACUGUUUCUAUUGUUUAAUUAUGUAAUCACCUCCAUUUUUGGGUGAUCUCGUGGCAUAAUCCAUAUCCGCUAUCCAAAAUAAGGACAGAAAAAAAAUAUUUGGAUACAUCGACUGUUGUAAACACCAGUGAUCCUUACUGUAACUGUCAUAAUGAUGUAAUUGGCUGAAAUGUUGUCAGCCAAUCUGCCAUGAAGAGAAGUGGCAGAGAACUGGAAUGCUUACCUGGCUACAUUGAUGCUAUGUUGGAGCAUUUCCAUGAUUGGAUGUUAAAAGAGGACAGUAGCAUUUAGAGUGGACAGAAUCCAUUUAUAUCUUUGCUUUUGAAAUCCCUUUUAUUUAAUUUGACUCAUAAUUUGUUUUUUUAUGAUAGCUAAUUUAGGCUAGACAUCAACAAGAGGUUUACUUGUAAAUUACUCAUUUUUUGUUUUGUUAAAUUUUGCAGUUUUGUAGCAUGCUAUGCUUAACUUGUUUAUUCUAAUUUUAUAGAAUAGAAGUUUGAAUUUAGAAUUUAGAUUUGUUCUUUAGUUAUUGGUUUGCAUAAUGAAACUAGAUCUAGUAAUGUUACAACUAUAAAAUAUUAGUAAUUACAAAUACAACAAAUUUAUAUAGAAAAUAUUUAAAAUAUUGUAUUAGAUAUUUUUUUGAAAAGUAUUUCUUUUGAAUAAUGAAAUGUAUAAUCUUAGGAUUUUGCCAACAAUUUUAAAUAGAUUUUCUCCUAAACUUUAAAAAUUUUAUUCAUCCAUCAAACAGUUUAUUUUGACUAAUAUUCCAUUCAGGAUUUUUUGCUGUAGAUUAAAAUGUUAAUAAAAUUGUGUGUGAGAAAGAGAGCAUGGCUAGCCAUCCAUUAAAAGUGCAAUAUUCAAAUACAUUCAUUCAAUUUUUCUAUGUAGUUUUAGUUCUAGGUUAAAGCAGAAUUUUUGUUUCACUCUCUGGUCAAGUUUUUUUUUUUAUAUUGCUUCAUUUUGCCGCCAUUGUAA